AGCUUCGUCAACAUGCUCGCCGACUCCGGUGCCAAGGAUGAGUUCAAGCUUAAGGCGGCCCAGGAAUUGAGCGAACAUUUCGAGCUCAUUACGCAGUGCAGUAGCUACCAAAGCUUUCUCGAUCUGGCGAUGCGUGUGUUUCUAAAGGUUUUGCAGGACAACGAGCCCAUGUUUAUCACAGAAUUCAGUAUGCAGCAGGUUCGCAAGUUGAUACUGGAGAUGAUCCACCGAUUGCCACACUCGGAGCAUGUGCGUCAGUACGUGAAACCGAUUAUUGUGCUGAUCAUCAAGUUGCUGCACACGGAAAAUGAGGAGAACGUGCUCGUGUGUUUGCGCAUCCUGAUCGACAUAAUCAAACAGUACCGUCCGCAGUUUCAGACGGAAAUUCUAGACUUCCUCGCCUAUCUGAAGAAGAUCUACACCGAUUUGCCCAAGCACAUGCCGGUGAUGCUGGAACCGAGACAAUCGAUCAAGCUGAAAGAUCUCAAGGACCUUAACUUGGAAAGCUUGUUGCCGGAUAUCUUUACCCUGACGCCGCUGCAGGUGGAGAAGAAAUUGCCUGAUGGCAAAACCACCACCGCGUCGUACAACCUGAUUCCCAAGGGAAUCAAUUCACUUAAGGUGCUGCAAGAGCUGCCCAUCAUUGUGGUGCUGAUGUAUCAAAUUUACAAACAAAACCUGCACCAGGAAGUGGCCGAUUUUGUGCCGUUGGUCAUGAACACCAUUAGCCUGCAGCCCACCAGUGCCCACAAAGCUUCCCCAGGUUUCAACAAGGAAAUUUAUGUCGAUUUUAUGGGAGCACAGAUUAAAACGCUCACAUUUUCCGCUUACAUAAUGCGCCUGUUUCCCGAUAACGUGCAAACGCACGCUAGUACAAUGGUGAAGGGAAUGAUCAACCUGUUGGAAAACUGUCCGAAGGAGGUGGCCAGUUUGAGGAAGGAACUGCUUGUCGCUUCACGACACAUUUUACAGACGGAGUUUCGAAAUCAUUUCGUACCUACCAUUGAGAAGCUGUUCGACGAUGAUGUGCUUUUGGGGAAGGGCUGGUCAACGUAUGAAAAUCUGCGACCGCUGGCGUACUCAACGCUGGCCGAUCUGGUGCACCAUAUCCGGCAGCAUCUGAGUCUGCAGGCCCUCUCGAAGGCGGUGCACUUGUUCGCGAAAAACAUUCACGACGAAUCGCUUCCGACCAGUAUUCAGACGAUGUCGUGCAAGCUGUUACUCAACCUCGUGGAAUGUAUCCGGCUUAAGAGCGACGUGGAGCCUGUGGCCUCACGUGAGCUGCUUAUCAUGAUGCUGCGGGUUUUUACGAACAAGUUUCAAACCAUAUCCAAACAGCAGCUGCCCCAACUGAUGCAGAAAUGGAAAGCGAAACCAACGGAAGAUUUGUUGACCGGAAGUUCCGAUAGUACCGAUGUGGCAGGACAGCGAUCGACGAGCAUCGGGCUACCGGCACCGAGUAAUCUAAAUGUGUCAGAGUAUCGCAGCUUGAUCAAGACGCUAGUUUGUGGCGUCAAAACUAUUACAUGGGGCUGUCCAGCAACGAAACCGCAGACCGAACACCAGAGCCCGGCCAAACUGUUCAAUCCGAGCGAAAUACUGAUCUUUAUCGAUCUGUUCCACUGGGCACUUGAAGCGCUCGAUAUUUACACAAUCAACAUUCCUGCACCGGGUAUGGCCGUUCCGCAGCCCCAGCCCGUUCAGAAGCAAACUCUUCAAAUGCCCCGUUCGAAAGAGGAAAAGGAAGUCCUUGAACACUUCAGCGGUGUGUUCCUCACGAUGGAUCCACAAAAUUUUCAGGAAAUUUUCGCCUCUACGAUCGAUUUUAUGGUCGAUCGAUUGUACAAGAAUAACACCCUCCAGGUGAUUGCCAAUUCGUUCCUUGCUAACCCCAAAACGUCUCCUCUUUUCGCGACCGUACUGGUAGAGUACCUUCUGGAGCGCAUGGAAGAGAUGGGCGUGAACAUCGAUCGUUCCAACUUGUACCUGCGGCUGUUCAAGCUCGUGUUCGGUAGCGUCAGUUUGUUCGCGGCUGAAAAUGAGCACAUGCUGCGUCCGCACUUGCACAACAUUGUCAACCGCUCGAUGGAGCUCGCGAUGACCGCGAAAGAACCGUACAAUUACUUCCUAUUGCUGCGCGCUCUGUUUCGUUCGAUUGGUGGAGGAUCGCACGAUCUAUUGUAUCAGGAAUUUUUACCUCUGUUGCCGAAUCUACUCGAAGGUUUGAAUCGCCUGCAGAGUGGCUUCCACAAGCAGUACAUGAAGGAUCUGUUCGUUGAGUUGUGCCUAACGGUGCCUGUGCGACUGUCCUCACUGCUACCCUAUCUGCCAAUGCUGAUGGAUCCACUUGUGUCCGCUCUGAAUGGUUCGCCCACGCUCAUCAGUCAGGGACUGCGCACACUGGAACUAUGCGUCGACAAUUUACAGCCAGACUUCCUGUACGAUCACAUCCAACCGGUGCGGGCCGAUCUGAUGCAGGCCCUGUGGCGCACGCUGCGCACACAGGACAACGCCGCGAUCGUAGCUUUCCGGGUGUUGGGCAAGUUUGGUGGUGGCAAUCGCAAGAUGAUGAUCGAACCGCAGAAACUUCGCUACCAAGAGAACGAUCUGACGGCGCCGGCGGUCGUUGCGUACUUCCAGGAUCACCGGAACCCGAUAAACUUCGCUGUUGACCGAGUGAUCGAGACGGCUUUCAAUGCACUCAAGUCUAGUGCAACCGAACCGUUCUAUUGGCACCAGAGUUGGGAGGUGAUCCACUGCUAUCUGGCGGCUUCCAUCACGCUCGAUGACGAUAAGUAUACGCUGCAGAAACUCUUCAUGCACCCCAGUUUCACCGAAAACAACAUUCAGUGUGCACCAUCGUCAAACUACAUUACGGUGGAUAAGCGGGCACGGGCCACGACUCAAACGGCGCUCACGAGUAUGGUGGUGGCGGCCGCUACGAAAGAGCUGCGCCAAUCCGUCCUGCCCACCAUGGUGGCCGUCGUGCGACACUACACGAUGGUGGCGAUUGCACAGCAAGCGGGUCCCUUUCCGUUGCACAAGCACUUCCCGCUUUCCAGUGGCGGUAUGGAUCCGCUGGUGCUGAUCGACGCGCUGGCCGAAAUAAUGGGCCACGAAGAGAAGGAACUAUGCAAACCGGGCACCUUGGCGAUGGGUCUCAUACUUGAGACGGCCACCAACAUUAUGGGGUCGAAGGAACGCGCCUGUCGUCUGCCGCUAAUGAAUUAUCUUGGCGAAAAGAUGGCCGCCCUCUGCUACGAACGGCCCUGGUACGCGAAGAUGGGUGGUUGUAUUGCGCUCAAGUUUCUUUACCAAAACAUGGCCCUCCGGUGGCUGUACCAGCAUAUGUUCGUGUUCCUCAAAGCGUUCAUGUUCAUCAUCAUGGAUCUGACCGGUGAGGUAUCGAGCGGUGCCAUCGAUAUGGCGCGCACAAAUCUGGAGAAAAUGUUGCGCAUCUGCAUGAUGCCGCUCGAGAAGGAGUGUAAAAACGAGGAGCUGCUGGUGACGCAAAAGAAAGCCACGUACGACGUGAUUCACGAGCUCGUCCGUCAGGUGACCAGCCCGCAUACGUUGGUGCGCGAAACGGCAAUGGCGUCGUUGCGAUUAAUUGCCGAACUGCAGGAGAAAACGGUAACCGAAGUGAUGAAUCCGCACCGUGAGGUGCUGGUCGAUAUGAUUCCACCGAAGAAGCAUCUGUUGCGUCACCAACCGGCCAGUGCGCAGAUCGGUUUGAUGGACGGAAACACCUUCUGUACCACACUUGAGCCUCGUUUGUUUACGAUCGAUCUCAACAUUUUAACGCACAAAGUAUUCUACCACGAAGUACUGACCCUCUCGGACGCCGACGAUAACACACUGAACAAACUCGAGUGCUUCAAGACGGUCACUAACUUGGUGCCGUUGCGCAAGAGUGCCCUGAAUGCAUUAGCCGCCUGUCACUACAUACAGAACGGAAGCUGCCGGGAGAAAAUUUUCCAGAUCCUGUUCAAGGGGCUCGAGAAGAACAACGUCGAGCUGCAGGAGGCGGCUUUCCAGUGCAUGAAGAACUUCCUCCAGGGAUGCUCGGUCAGCAAGGAAACGAUCCAUACCUUCAUACGACCGAUGCUGCUGCUGCUCGGUGACUAUCGUAAUCUCACGCUCAGCGGCACGCGCCGCCUGUCGUACUUGACGCAACUGUUCCCGGCCAUGUUCAACGAGAAACUGUGCGAUUCGCUGCUCCAAAUUCUGAAGAAGAUGCUCGAGGUGACGAUUACCACCAACAAGGGCAACUUUUUGGCUGCCUCGAAGACGAGCGAAAUGGAGAAGAAAAUCGUCACGAUCCUCGGCAUCUUCCACCAGAUACCGGCCGCAUCGCCCAAAUUCAUCGAGAACCUGUGCAAACUGAUCCUUCAGACGGAAAAGAGCUUAAUGAUCGAACCAUCCUCACCGUACCGGCCGGCAUUAUUGAAGUUUUUGCUACGCUACCCGAAGGAAACGAUCGACCUGCUACUGACCGAUGUCGUCAUGAAGGAUGCCCAGUGGAACCGGUUUACAAUCUUCCUCCUUCGCCACAAAGACGGCGCUCCGUUCCGGAAUGCGGCCCAGCUGAAGGGAUCCCGCUUAAUGCAGCACAUUCUGCUUAACUCGGAAUCGGCGUCCGCCACCAAUCCUAGCAAACCCUACGAGGAGCGCUACGAGGCGCAACAUCAGGCGGUGCUGAUCGUUCAUCUGCUGGUCGAGCACGAGGGAGCGUGGAUAACGGGUCAAACGGAAAUUAUUACCGCGCUCAAGAACAUUUGGCAGAAGGAUCUGUACAAGACUUGCCAAACGGUGGUGGUGUGCGAUCUAUGGCACCUGAUCGCAAAGAUUCUGAUCCAGUAUUUCUCGUACAACACCAACGAGAUUCAGCUGCUCUUCCAGCUGCUGCGGGCCCUCUGCCUGCGCUUCGUGCCGGAUUUCCAGUUCUUACGCGAUUUCCUCCAGAACACCGUCUGCCAGAGUUACACGGUGGAAUGGAAACGGAAGGCGUUCUUCCAGUUCGUCGAAGUGUUUACGACCGGUGACAUGGCGCAGGAUCUGAAAGCCAAAAUUUUGACCGCGAUCAUCAUACCGAGCUUUGCGAUAAGUUUCGAGAAGGGUGAAGGCAAUCGGUUGGUUGGGGCACCACCGGCACCGUACCAGGAAGACGACUGCAACGUAGUGUCGGUAUUCAUUAACAAAGUGAUCGAUCCGGACAAACCGUUUGCGAACGAAGAUUGCGUGAGGAUUGCGCUGUUGCAGUUUGCAUGUCUCCUGGUGGAGAAAGCUUCGCCGCACAUUCAUGACGGAGAUGCGAACAACAAGCGUGAAGGGAAUAAACUGCGGCGGCUGAUGACGUUCGCGUGGCCCUGCCUGUUGCCGAAAAACUGUGUCGAUCCAUCGGCACGGUACCAUGGCCACCUGCUGCUAAGUCACAUCAUUGCCCGUCUGGCUAUUCACAAACGAAUCGUUCUGCAAGUGUUUCACUCGCUCCUGAAAGCGCAUGCCGUCGAAGCUCGGAAGGUGGUUCAGCAAGCGCUUGAGGUGCUAACGCCGGCGAUGCCACUGCGCAUGGAAGAUGGCAACACGAUGCUCACACACUGGACGAAGAAGAUUAUCGUCGAAGAGGGUCACACCAUGCAGCAGCUCUACCACAUCCUGCAACUGAUCGUACGCCACUACAAAGUGUACUACCCGGUCCGACACCACCUGGUGCAGCAGAUGAUCAAUUCGAUGCAGCGGCUCGGCUUAGCCGUUAACACCUCCUCCGAGUACCGUCGUCUGUCGAUUGAUCUUGCCGAUGUCAUUAUUAAGUGGGAAAUGCAGCACACCCGGGACGAAACGGACGAGUCUACCGGAGCAACCGGGACUACGGCGGCCGGUGUUGACGGUGCUACCGCUUCCAGCAGAAAAGGCGAUGAAGAAACCGUUUCUGAGCGUGCCGGUUUUGCGGCAUCGACCGCUGGCACGACGUCCUCGUUUGCGGCAUCGGCAAAGGUCGAUGGCCCCGGUCGUCCGAUUGAUCGCGCCCAGUACGAUACGGUGCUUAACUUUCUGUUCCGAAUGGCGUGCCAGUUCAAUGACGUUACUCCCGGCACGCCCGGAAUCGUCACUGCCGCAGACAAUCCUUCGCGCCGCUGCAUGAGCCUCGUCAAACUGGCGAUCAAACCGGACGUUCCGGUCGAUUUGAAAGUUGUGUGGUUGGACAAGAUCUUCCUUAGUGUGGAAAACCAACAGGCCAAUAUCGGCAACAUCUGCACGGCACUCGAACUGCUCACAUUCUUGCUGGGGGUCCUGAAGAAGGAACAGAUACUGAACGUAUUGCGACCGCUACAGCGUGGCCUGUCGGCAUGUGUCACCUGCUCCAAUACACGUGUGAUCAAACUUAUGCACGGAUUGCUGUCACGUCUGAUGGCGAUCUUCCCGACCGAUGCCCAGCACAAAUGUGACGAUCUGGAAACCCUGUACAGCACAAUCUCGCGCAUGAUCUAUGAAGGGUUGGCAACGUACGAAAAGAGCCCACAGGCUAACCCGUCCACAUUGUUCGGAACGCUCAUGACCCUGAAGGCCGCCUGCAGCAACAAUCCCGGGUAUAUCGAUCGGUUGAUUACACCGUUCAUGCGGUUGCUCAAUCGACUGACGAAGGAACACCUGACCGGGUUCGGUGGAACACUCGGAAUCACGACCGGAAUGUCGCUCGUCGACGUCGCCAACACAAACACGAUCGCACUGGAGUUGUUGGUUGUUUCGUUGGACUUAGUUAAAAACCGGGUCGUGGUGAUGAGCGUCGAGAUGCGCAAAAUGUUCAUCGGUGCCAUUUUGGUCGGGUUGAUCGAGAAGAGCAACGACGCGAAGGUGAUCAAGGCGAUUGUGAAGAUCAUAGAGGAGUGGAUGAAGAGCAACAAAAACACACCCGUCACGGUGCAGCAAGCACCGACACUGCGCGAGAAGUCCAUCCUGCUGGUCAAGCUGAUGCAGUACGUGGAGAAGCGCUUCGCCGACGAUGCCGAGCUGAACGGCCAGUUCCUAGAGCUCGUCAAUUACAUCUACCGGGACGAGGUGUUAAAGGUGACGGAGUUGACAUCGAAACUGGAGGCUGCUUUUGUGGCUGGUCUUCGCUGCCCGAAUCCGCACAUUCGCGCCCAGUUCUUCGAAGUGUUUGAUGGUUCGAUGCGCCGUCGGCUGCACGAUCGGCUGCUGUACGUUAUCUGUUCGCACGCGUGGGACUCGAUCGGUCAGCACUACUGGAUCAAGCAGUGCAUUGAGCUGCUCAUUCUGACGGCCAACACCAACACGCAGAUACAGAACAGUGUGGAAGCUCACCUGCUGCCGAGCAUUUCAUCGGUAAUAAACUUCGCGGAUCCGGAAGAGCGCAAAAACUUUGUCAUCUACACGACGAUCCAGAACGAGUCGACCGACGCGUUCGAUCCGAUCGAAGACAAGGAAGACGCGUUCGAUAUGGACAUGAGCGUUGAUUCGAACAUUUCUCGCCACGAAGAAAGCGAACGACCGGUAGCGAACCGGCAGGCAGCACUCGCCAAGCUUAUCAGCCGCCAGGCGGACUUUAUGGAAGCGAGUCGGAAGGUGCGCACCGAGCAACUGCUCGUCGCGGCGGCCCAGCUGUGCCACAUGGACACGCAGCUGGCCGAGAAGGUGUGGCUGGAUAUGUUCCCGAAGCUGUGGGAGCUGCUCGACCCGACCCAACAACAGUCGCUCGAUCGCGAGAUCAUUCCAUUCCUGUCUUCCGGUACGCACAUCAUCCAGAAGGACUGCAGUCCGACGGCACUGCAUACGUUCAUUGAGGCGCUCGCCCAGUGCCGGCCACCGGUCUAUCUGCCACCGCAACUGAUGGCUUACCUCGGUAAAGCACACAAUCUGUGGCACCGAAUGACGCUGAUGCUCGAGUCGCUGGCUGCCGAUUGGCCGAACGUGAAAGAUCAGUUGCCGGAUUGUGUCGAUCAAGACGAUGGGGGUAUGCGCGACUGUUCGAUCGUGCGCGAACCACUGUCGCAGAUGUACUCGGCGCUACACGAGGAGGAUUUGUGGGCCGGUUUGUGGCAAAAGUACGCCAAGUAUGCUGAAACGAGCCGUGCGAUUGCCCACGAGCAGAUGGGUUAUUUUGAGGAGGCGCAAAGCAUCUACGAUUCGGCAAUGUCACGCUUCAAGCAGGACCUGAACAGUGGCCAAACGCCAACGGACAUGAAUAGUGAGAUACUGCUAUGGGAGAACCAUUGGAUCCGGUGUGCCAAGGAGCUGAACCAGUGGGACAUUCUGAUGGACUACGGGCAGCUGUGUCGCGAUAAGAACACGUAUCUCAUCAUGGACAGUGCGUGGCGCGUCCCGGACUGGGGUCUGAUGAAGCAAGUGCUCCUCAAGGUGGAACAGUCCUGUCCGAAGCAGGUGGGAUACAAAAUCAAUCUGUACCGAGGCUAUCUGGCGAUCCUGAAUCAGGAGGACCCGCAGCACGCGGCCAGUGCAACGGUCGAGCGGUACGUGGAGCUAGCAUCGGGCUACUGUAUGCGCGAGUGGCGCCGCCUUCCACCGAUCGUUUCGCACAUCCACCUGCCGAUACUGCAGGCGUCCCAACAGAUUAUGGAGCUGCAGGAAGCGAGCCAAAUUCAUCAGGGCUUGCUGCAGAAUCGGACGACCUCGCUGCACGACAUGAAAGCGAUUGUCAAAACGUGGCGCAACCGAUUGCCCGUGAUCGCGGACGAUCUGUCGCACUGGAGUGACAUCUUUACGUGGCGCCAGCACCACUACCAGAUCAUCACCUCGCACCUGGAGCAGCAGAACGAACCGAAUGCACCGUGCAUGAUCGGGGCACACGCGUCCGCCCAGACCAUCAUCCACUUUGGAAAGAUUGCCCGCAAACAGAACCUGACGAGCGUGUGCCAGGAUUCGCUGUCCAGGAUCUACACCAUCCCGUCGGUGCCGAUCGUCGAUUGCUUCCAGAAAAUCCGGCAGCAGGUCAAGUGUUGCCUGCAAACGGCAUCCGUCACCAGCCGGGCCGAGCUGACCGAAGCGCUCGAUGUAAUCGAGCCAACGAAUCUGGACUACUUCACCAAAGAGAUGACGGCCGAAUUUUACGCCCUCAAAGGGCUCCUGCUGGCCCAAACGGGACGCUCCGAGGAAGCGAACAAAGCGUUCAGCGCCGCCACCCAGCUACACGACACGCUCAUCAAGGCGUGGGCUUUCUGGGGCGAGUACUUGGAACACAUCUUCACUCGCGACUACCGUCAGAUUCACCUCGGUGUGUCGGCCGUCACGUGCUUCUUGCACGCGUGCCGCAACCAAAACGAAAGCAAAUCGCGCAAAUACCUGGCCAAGGUGCUCUGGCUGCUGUCCUACGAUGACGACAAGUCCUCUCUACUGAACGCGCUCGAUAAGUAUGCGGUCGGUGUGCCCCCCGGUCAGUGGGUACCGUGGAUUCCGCAGCUUCUCUGCAGCUUGGUGCAGUACGAGGGCAAUGUCAUUAUGAACCUGCUAAGUCAGGUCGGACGUAUGUUCCCGCAGGCAGUCUAUUUCCCCAUACGCACCCUAUACCUCACGCUAAAGAUCGAGCAACGUGAGCGGUACAAAAGCCUCGAACAAACCUCGACCGUGCAGGCAGCACAGCAACAGCUAAAGAGCGAGACAACAGCCGCCACCACCGGUGCGGGCGGAACGUCCACUACAACACCGAUCCGUGCCACACCGCCGAUGUGGCGUUGUUCGAAGAUUAUGCACCUACAGCGUGAUAUCCAUCCAACGGUGCUCAGCUCGCUAGAGGGCAUCAUCGAUCAGAUGGUGUGGUUCCGAGAAAACUGGUACGAAGAGGUGCUCCGACAGCUGCGUCAAGGUCUGACCAAGUGCUAUGUGAUCGCGUUCGACAAUCGGGGAGCGGUUAACGAGACAACCAUCACGCAACACACGCUAAACUUUAUCAAAAAGCUCGUCUCUACGUUUGGCAUCGGAAUAGAAAACAUUUCCAGCUCCGUGUCGGGAACGUUUGCUUCGGCGGCUUCGGAGUCGCUCGCCCGACGCGCGCAAGCCACCGUGCAGGAUCCGGUGUUCCAGAAGAUGAAGGGACAGUUUACGAGCGAUUUCGACUUCUCCCAACCAGGUGCCAUCAAGCUUCACAAUCUCAUCAUGAAGCUUAAGGUGUGGAUCAAAAUCCUGGUGGCGAAAACGAAACCCUUGCCCAAAUCAUUCCUCAUCGAAGAAAAGUGUCGCUUUUUGUCCAACUUUAGCCAAAAGACGGCCGAGGUGGAACUGCCCGGUGAGCUGCUGUUGCCGAAGAGCUCGCACUACCACAUCCGCAUCGCACGGUUUAUGCCACGGGUGGACAUUGUGCAGAAGCACAAUACGGCAGCCCGGCGGUUGUACAUCCGCGGAACGAACGGUAAAAUCUAUCCCUACCUGGUGGUCAACGAUGCGGGAAUUGCGGAUGCACGCCGCGAAGAGCGUUUGCUGCAGUUGCUCCGAAUGCUGAACUCGUAUUUGGUGAAACGGAAGGAAACAUCGCGUCGCUUCCUAUAUCUGACCGUACCGCGGGUCGUGGCCGUUUCACCUCAGAUGCGACUCGUCGAAGACAAUCCGGCCAGCGUAUCGUUGCUCGAAGUGUACAAAUCGUGCUGCACCAAGCUCAACAUGGAGCACGACGCACCAAUUACGCGUUACUACGAGCGGCUGGCAAAGAUACAAGCCCGCGGAUCACCGACCAAUCACGUCAUACUGCGCGACAUUCUGAAAGAGACGCAAUCGCAGAUGGUCCCUAGGACACUGCUGAAGGACUGGGCGUUCCGCACGUUCCCGUCGGCCACCGAUUACUGGCAGUUCCGAAAGAUGUUCACGCUGCAGCUAUCGCUUUCGUGUCUGCUUGAGUACGCGCUCUGUCUGACGCGCCUCAAUCCGGACAUGAUCUAUCUGCACCAGGAUUCGGGACUGAUGAACGUGUCCUACUUCCGGUUCGAGAUGGACGACAGUACCGGGCUGCUGGACGUGAACCGUCCCGUUCCGUUCCGUCUGACGCCCAACAUUGCCGAGUUUGUGUCGCCGGUUGGUGUGGCGGGACCACUCACGGCGUCAGCCGUUGCUACCGCCCGCUGCUUCAUCCAGCCCAGCUUCAAGCUGACCACCAUUCUGAAGGCGAUCUUGAAAGAUGAAAUCAUUGCUUUCCACAAGAAGCGACUCAUCGACGAGAAAGUUCUCGAUCAGAGCAGUCAAUCCUCUGCGAGCGGCAGUGCUACUUCGAGCGCAUCGGCUAGUGGCGGUGCAUCUGCCAGUAGUGGAGCCGCCGCCACCGCAUCGGCUACAGGAGGGACAGGAGCGAGCGCUGCCACUCCGUCGUCACAACCCACCGACCAAGACAACGGAUCAAUCGAUAUCGAUGCGGAAACGAUCAUCACGACGGUGAACAAGGCGGUUAGCAACAUUAUGGGCCGCCUGAACAAUCUUUCGCGCAUCGACAGUGGCGAAGCGAACCGCAUGAGUACGUUCGUGCACGUUGCCACCAAUCCGGACAAUCUCUGUCUGAUGGAUCCGGCUUGGCAUCCGUGGUUGUAAGCUGCUCUGAAGUACAUUCUAUGUACAGGACUCGAAACGGAGAGUAGCUAUUAAAAAGCAAA